AUGGCAUUUGGCAUAUUGGAACCAUCGCGACAGGUCCACCCAUCAAGGAACAACAAUGUCCUGAUUAUGGAUGCCGAAGAAAACAAUGACACACACCUUAAAUUGAUGCCUCUGCCUUCCAACUCGCCAUCAGACCCUCUCAACUGGACACGACUGAAAAAAGAACUGCUUUUCGCUACCAUCAUUUUCGGGUCAUGUGCAACAGGGUCCUUGGGUCCAGUAUUGGUCCCUGGCUUCACAACAGUGGCCGCGCAGUUUGAAACGAAUCUGAGAAGCAUUGCGCUGCUUAACGGCGCACUGGUCAUGGCUUCGGGCGUGAGUCUCGGGAUAGGUGCAUUCUUUGCGCUAGCGGGCACUUCUUCUAUAAAUGAUGUGUUCUUCGUUCACGAGCGUGGAAUUCGCGUCGGCCUCUGGAACUUCGGUGUCAUCAUCUCUGUCAAUCUCACGCCCGUUGUUAGUGGAUAUGUCAUCUCGAAUCUGUCUUGGAGAUGGAGCUUCUGGCUUGAGAUGAUCUUGUUUUCCACUCUUCUUAUAAGUGUGAUAUUUCUUUUCCCCGAAACGACAUUUUGUCGCGAGGAUAAAGAUAUCGUCGUUGUUGGUAUUCAACAUACACCAAAAGACGAAAACUCUGCUGCAGAGAAGAUGAAUACCGGUAGUUCACUGCACGCUACUUCUGAAGAGCCACGCUGCUCGUGGUGGAGCUCUACAUUCGCAUUCAGUCAAGUGAAGAGCAACAGGAAGAGCUCCUUACUCAUGGCUUGCAUUAAGCCACUGUAUCUCAUAUGGCAUCCUAUUGCUAUAUGGGGCUGCCUCAUGUGGUCAGUGACAUUCACCUGGGCUAUUCUAUUAGGUGCUGUUGUGUCACAAAUCUUCGUCGCUUCACCUUACAACAUGAGUACUGUGGGCGUUGGAAAUCUUUCUGGUAUUGCUCCCUUCAUUGGGUCGGCAAUAGGAACCGUUGUGAGCGGGUGGCUAUGCGAUUUCCUCGCUAAAGAAAUGACCCGCAGAAACAGUGGCUUGUACGAACCCGAGUUUCGUCUUGUUGUCAUUUUUCCAACAGCCAUUGCCAUGGCGGUUGGGUCAUUUGGCCUUGGGGCUGCCAUUGAAAACGAGCUCUCAUUUAUCGUCUGUGGCGUUUUUAUGGCUAUUCUCAACUUCGCUAUUGGCAUGGGAUGCACCAGUAUUGUGACUUACACCAAUGAUGUAUUCGCCGAAAGGGCAGGGGAUGCAUUCGGGCUUGCCAUGUUGUCCAAGAGUGUUUUUGCUUUUGGCUUGAUCUUUGUUUUUAACGACUAUUACGCUCGAAUCGGACCUUUGCCAUUCUUUUCCACAUUUGGAGCUGUCAGUCUUGGUGUAAUGGUGACAACUGUUCCUGUCUAUAUUUUUGGCAAACGGAUCAGAUAUUGGGCAGAUAAAGGUCAGAAUAUGGACUGA